AUGAAUAUCUCGUCUAUGCUAUCCAAUGAUAGUACUGUACCAACACCAACAACUCAAUCACCCUUACAUGUGACUACCGAUCAAACUCCCAUACCAACCACAUCAUUGCUACAGGGGAAUAAUACUGUCCCUAAUCCAUCCUCAACUGUUGCCAAUUUGGUUCCUGUCAGUGCUGCCAGUACUGGUACUGAAAAUGGCCAUGGACAACAUCUUUCUAGAGAGGAUUCAAUUGUUAGUGAUAUAAUAUCCACCCAUAACUAUAACAACAAUGACACUUACGAUGUUGCAUAUAAAACCAAAUUUGAAUCAAACUUCAAUAUCCUUAACCAAUUAGACCAGUACCAACAGUUAAGUCACAACUUGAAAUUGUUAAAAUUUGAUGAAAUUAAAUUGAACAACUUUAUUAUCAACACUAAUAAAUUCACCUCAAAUUAUAUUGAUCGUGUUAUUGCUGAAGAUAUUUCAUCUAGAAAUAACAAGAUUAGUGACACUAACAAGAGUAAAGAAUUACAACUUAUAGAUUAUUCAAAACCUUUGCAUCAUAAUACUACUAGAGGUAAAGAAUUUAAAUGGGGUUCCACCAGAGAAGUUCACAAGGUUGAACUGAAGAAGAAGAGACGAGUAGCAUCUUCUUCUACUACUGCUGCAUCUCCAAACGGAUCAUCUGGUCCGGUAUUGAUUAAACCAAAACUUGGUGACAAUGUUGCUGUUAGAAGAAGUACACGUCCUAAACCAAAGAGAAAGUUGCCCGUAGAAGAACAAACAGAGGAGGAAGAAGAUCAUCAUAAGAAGGUGAAGUUAGAACAAGAUGGUAAAUUGAAAAUCAAGCUUUCGGUUAAGAAGCCUGAACCAGUUAAUGUUAAUUCCAAAGAAUACAAGGCAUUCCUUAGACAAUAUGAUAAUACUUGUAUUGCAAUUUGGAAAGAUAUGUCACGUAAAGAUGGUCCAAAGGUUAGUAGAUUGAUGCAACAAUCUACUCAAGCUAAAUUGAUUAACUUGAAAAAGACUUCUAUCUUGGCUGCUAGAGAAGCCAAACGUUGGCAAUUGAAAAAUAACAAGAAUCAAAAGGAUUUGACUACAAAGGCAAGAAGAGCAAUGAGAGAAAUGUUUAAUUUCUGGAAACGUAAUGAAAGAAUAGAACGUGAAUUAAGAAAGAAAUACGAGAAGGAAUUGUUGGAUAAAGCCAAACGUGAAGAAGAAGAACGUGAAGCUAAACGUCAAUCACGUAAAUUGAAUUUCUUGAUUACUCAAACUGAAUUAUACUCCCAUUUUAUUGGUAAGAAGAUUAAAACUGAUGAAAUUGAAGGUAGUGAUUCUGAUCCAAACUUGGUUAAACAUGAUAAGUCUCACUUGGAUAAGUACACUGAUAUUGAAAGUAAAUCUCAUGAUAUCAACACUCUUGAUUUUGAAAAUGAAGAUGAUGAUGCAUUACAUCGUGCUGCUGCCCAAAAUGCCCAAAAUGCAUUGGAAUUGGCACAAUCAAGAGCAAAAGAAUUUAACGAUGAACCAUUAAAGAAUCCUGAUACAAACGGUGAAGAAAUGAAUUUCCAAAAUCCUACAUUACUUGGUGAUAUUACUAUCCCACAGCCAAAGAUGUUAACAUGCACAUUAAAAGAAUAUCAAAUCAAGGGAUUGAAUUGGUUGGCUAAUUUGUAUGAACAAGGUAUUAAUGGGAUCUUGGCUGAUGAAAUGGGGUUAGGUAAAACUGUUCAAAGUAUUUCCGUAUUGUCAUAUUUAGCUGAAACUCAUAACAUCUGGGGUCCAUUCCUUGUUGUUACUCCCGCAUCAACAUUACACAAUUGGCAACAAGAAAUUAGUAGAUUUGUUCCUAAUUUCAAAGUGUUACCUUAUUGGGGGAAUGCAAAAGAUAGAAAGAUUUUACGUAAAUUUUGGGACAGAAAAAGUUUAAGAUAUACCAAAGAUUCCCCAUUCCAUGUGUUGGUUACUUCAUAUCAAUUAGUUGUUGCUGAUGCAGCUUAUUUUCAAAAAAUGAAGUGGCAAUAUAUGAUUUUAGAUGAAGCGCAAGCUAUUAAGUCAUCACAGUCUUCAAGAUGGAAAUCCUUGUUGUCAUUUUCAUGUCGUAAUAGAUUGUUGUUGACAGGUACUCCAAUUCAAAAUUCUAUGCAAGAAUUGUGGGCCUUGCUUCAUUUUAUCAUGCCUUCAUUAUUUGAUUCUCAUGAUGAAUUCAGUGACUGGUUUUCCAAAGAUAUUGAAAGUCAUGCACAAUCAAAUACCAGUUUGGAUGAGCAACAAUUGAGACGUUUACAUGUUAUUUUGAAGCCAUUCAUGUUGAGAAGAAUUAAGAAGAAUGUUCAAAGUGAAUUGGGUGAUAAGAAGGAAAUUGAUAUCAUCUGUGAUUUGACCAAUCGUCAACAAAAGUAUUAUCAAAUGUUAAGAUCUCAAAUUUCGAUCAUGGAUUUAUUAGAUUCUUCUUCUUUGAAUUCCCUGUCUUCUGAUGAUGCUACAAGUUUAAUCAAUUUGGUUAUGCAGUUUAGAAAAGUUUGUAACCAUCCCGAUUUAUUUGAAAGAGCAGAUGUUAAAUCUCCAUUUUCUUUUGGAAAAUUUGCUGAGACUAGUAGUUUCUUGAGAGAAACAAAUGAAUUAGAAAUGAGUUAUACAACCGAAAAUGUUGUUAGUUAUAACUUGCCAAAAUUGAUAUAUGAUGAAUUGUUAACACCCAACGAAAAGACUGACUCUAAGGAUUCAAUUUAUGAAAUGUUUAAUAUUUAUAAACCUGAGCAUGUGAAGGAUAAUCAACAGUUUGGCUGGUUGAAGUCAAUCGAUGUUUCUCCUCAAGAACUAAACACAUAUACUAGAAGGCACAUAGUUGAGCGAGCAAUUGAUUUACAGGAAUAUACUGAUAUUAAUUAUUCCAAGGUGAGUCGAUUCAACUAUCUUUAUGAGGGUGAAUUUGUCCCUAACAACAAGAAAUUGUUGAUUACUCAAUACGAAAACAAGUUUUCCAAUAUCACUAACUCAUCCAUUCUUUCCAAAUUAUACUCAAUCCAAGAUCAUGUUUAUGAAGAUAUGUUUAUAAAUGUUAUUUCUCCAGCUGCGGAACCAUUAGCUUCAGCACCACCAAUCACAAGUGUAUGUUCAUCGAGAAACUUCUAUUAUAAAACCCAAGAUGUUUUAUUCAACCCUAAGAUUAGAUCUAGUCUUUUACCAUUACCAUUAUCACAAGAAUAUCAAUUAAUGACCGAAAAUACUCCACUUGAAUCAUAUCCUAAAUCGAACAUGUUACCCUCUCCAGUCAACAAGAAGAUUGAUUAUUCGAACAUUCGUAUGCCAUCCAUGAAUAGAUUUAUCACUGAAUCAGGUAAAUUGGCUAAACUUGACGAAUUGUUAGUUGAAUUAAAACAAGAGGGCCAUCGUGUUCUAAUUUACUUCCAAAUGACAAGAAUGAUGGAUUUAAUGGAAGAAUAUUUGACUUAUAGGCAACAUAAAUAUAUUAGAUUGGAUGGUUCUUCUAAGUUAGAUGAUAGAAGAGAUUUAGUUCAUGAUUGGCAAACCAAGCCGGAAUUAUUUAUAUUUUUGUUGUCUACAAGAGCUGGUGGAUUAGGUAUUAACUUAACUGCUGCUGACACUGUUAUCUUUUAUGAUUCUGAUUGGAAUCCAACCAUUGAUUCUCAAGCCAUGGAUCGUGCUCAUAGAUUGGGACAAACUAAACAAGUCACAGUAUACAGACUUUUAACCCGAGGAACAAUUGAAGAGAGAAUGAGAGAUAGAGCUAAACAAAAGGAACAAGUUCAACAAGUGGUCAUGGAAGGUAAAGCUACAAUCACCAAGAAAGAAGAACAUAUUAAUAAGAAGAAGGAUGUUGCGUUCUUGUUAUUGGGUGAUUCUCCAAGUGAUGUUCUGAGCGGAAAGACUUCAACUACAUCAACCCCAGAACCAGAAAGUGCAAAUGGUAAAAAGAAAUAUAGAGUUAGUGCUGACGAUGCAUUAUCAAGUAAAAAACUUCAAGAAUUAUAUCAUGAAGGUGAAGGUGAAUUUUCAGGAAAUGUUACUCCUGCACCAUAA